AUGCCAGCAUUAAAAUCACCAUCAGCUCGAUCUGAUAUAUUUAUGUUUUUUGGUAUUGAUUGUACUCAUAUAACAUGUUCACAAGUACGACCGUCCAUUGUUGCUGUUGUUGGAUUAAAAGAUUCUACAAAUACACAAUAUGCUGCUCUUGGUCUUGAUGAUGGAUCAUUUGAAAAAGUGCUUGAUAACGAAUUACGAGCUAUUCAACGAGCAUGUCAAGAAUUAUAUGGUCAUAAUCAAUUACCUCAAAUUUGUUUUGUUGUUGUUAAAAAACGUCAUCAUACACGUUUUUUUACAUGGAAUAAACAAUCUAAUCAAGCGAAUAAUAUUCAACCAGGAACAGUUAUUGAUACUGAUAUGGUUUCACUAAAUGGUUUUGAGUUUUAUCUUAAUUCUGAUGCAACUAUUCAAGGUACAUCACGACCAAUGCUUUAUCAAGUAUUAUAUGAUGAAAUUGGUUUUACAUCAGAUGAUAUUCAACAAUUAACAUAUUAUUUAUGUCAUAUUGAUGUUCGAUGUACAAAAGCUAUAUAUGUUCCAGCUCCAGUUCAUUAUGCAACACUUCAUGUUUCGCAUCAUCUUAAACUUCAUUAUAAAAGUCAAAUGGUAAAAGACAUGAAUGAAAUAAAUCAUGUAUUAGAACAUACAUGUUUAAGUACUGAAAAACAAAGUCAAUUGUAUUCCAAAUUCAAGACUACGAACAAUAGUGAUAUGGCAGUUCGAAACAGAUAUUUCCAUGAACCUUGUCAUUAG